AUGGAUGAGAAAAGGGCCAGAAGAAACGCGAAAAGUUCGCUUACACGUCGCAGUAAUAAUUUAUACAGCAUGAUUGAAAACAACCGGCCUGUUGAAGAGAUAACAGAAGCGCUAGAAUUAGUAGAAAUAGACUAUAAAACUGUCGUAGAAAAGCAUGAGGCUUUAGUAGAAAAGGUCGAUGACGAAGAAUUUGAUAAGGAAGAAAAAUGGAUCGAAGAUUGCCGCGAGAAAACAUUAAUUUUGAAAUUCAGAGCGAAAGAUUAUAUUUUGAAAUCAAAACAGGAACAGGUCACCCAAGACACGUGCGCAGAAAAUGAUAUAGCUAAGAAAACACAGGAAACCCAAGAAAAUAACGGAGAAAAUACCAGCACAGCUAUUAUAGAGAAUCAAAUACCAGAACAAAACACAGAUAGCAAUUCUCAAGAUGUUGAACUUACCGAAGAAACAGAACAAACAGUUCAGGAAUUGACACCCCAACCGGCAGUACAGCAAAUGGAUAAUAAUGCAGAGAGUCCAACCAGUAACAAGGAAGUUAAAUCGUGUGCGUUCAAAGUUGAAAAGCCGAAAUUACCGAAGUUCAGUGGAGAUGUAAGAGACUACGUAAUAUUUCGGGGUGAUUUCAAGCAUGUUGUUGAAUCACAGUACAGCGACAGAGAUGCAAUAACAAUACUACGGGCAAGUCUUCAAGGAAAACCACUAGAACUGAUUAAGGGCAUAGGAUGUGAUUACAAAGCAGCAUGGGAGUAUCUCGACUCAAUUUAUGGAGAUCCACGAUUCAUAGCAGACACAAUUACGCAAGACAUAUCCAAGUUCAAAGCACUUCAGGAUGGCGAAGAUGCUCGGUUUUGUGAACUGGUCCACCUAGUUAACAGAAGUUACAACACACUUAAAGAAGUCGGUCGCCCCAACGAUAUGAACAAUAAUCAUAUGUUAGCUUUAAUCGAGCAAAAAAUGUCAAGUGAUGAUCGCAAGGUUUGGGCACGAGAUCUCGAAAGAGAGAAAAAGGAAGCCACACUGGAAAACAUUAUGAAGUGGAUGACAACAGAAAUGAAGUCCCGCAUGAGAGCAUCAGCCCCUCUGCGAAACCAAGGUAGAACAAGAUGGAACGUCAACCAUGUCGGGCAUGAAGAACACGAAAGGCACAAGUGUUGGUUGUGCAAGACCUCAACGCACUGGGUCGACCAAUGUUCGAAGCUAGAAGCAUGA